AUGUCUUUCCUUUAUCUGGACCAUAAUACAUCCGAACUGUUAGAUCGCUUACUUCAGGGUUAUGACAAACGACUUCGACCAGGAUUUGGAGGUUUACCAACUCGUGUUAAAACCGAUAUUAUGGUCAGAAGUAUGGGUCCAAUAUCGGAAAAGAAGAUGGCUUACUCUAUGGACUGCUAUUUUAGGCAGUAUUGGACUGAUCAGCGAUUGUCUUUUAAUGCUAGUGUUGAACCUAUUGCCCAAGUUACACUGAAUGUUAAGAUGCUAAACAGAAUAUGGUUUCCAGACACGGUAUUUUUAAAUGGUGGUCAUUCGUAUGUUCAUAUGAUAACAUCACCUAAUAAAUUCGUUAGGCUGUCAGCAAACGGAAGUGUUUAUUUAUCACAAAGACUAACUAUUAAAGCAACCUGUCCGAUGCAUUUAGAAAAAUUUCCUAUGGAUUCUCAGAAAUGUCCUUUAUUUGUUGCAAGUUUUGCUUAUGGUUCAUCUGAUGUAUUUUAUGAAUGGAGGUAUGGUGAUUUAAAGGCGGUGUCUAUAGCGGGCGGUAUGACCAUGUCACAAUUUGAUCUCAUCAAUAUCGAGGCUGGUCAUUUCAUAGAAAUUUUCAAGGGUGUUCCACAUUCUAUUGUGUCGGUUAAUUUUCAUCUACGAAGACACACUGGAUAUUUUCUUAUUCAAGUCUAUUUACCAUGUUGUUUAUUGGUUGUUUUAUCUUGGGUAUCUUUCUGGAUUAACAGGGAGGCGGCUUCAGAUAGAAUUGCGCUAGGCACAACGACGGUUUUAACCAUGACAUUUCUAGCAUUGGACAGUCGAGAUGAUUUGCCUCGUGUGUCGUACAGUACAGCUUUGGACGUGUACGUUGCAAUGUGUUUCUUGUUCGUGUUUGCAUCAAUAGUUCAAUUUGCUGGCAUUGAACUUCAAAACAGCUACCAACAAAAUCAGCAUAUAAGAAGAACUUCGUCUAUUGUCAAACAUGGAUUUUGCCCGGUUUGUGUCCAGUGUUUAGGAAAAUUUCUAAAGUGUUUAAUGAACACAAGAAAUAAUAAGUUUAAAAGACACGUUCGAAAUGCUCUUGGGUUAAACAGUGUCAGUAAAAUAGACAAAGUUUCACGGAUUUUAUUUCCUGUGGCAUUCACAACUUUAAAUAUCGUUUAUUGGGUAUCCUAUUUGACCCAUUAA